AUGGCUGAACCGAAGCCCCGGCAGCGCAGGUUUGCCCCACGUUCCCGCACGGGUUGCUUGACAUGCCGAACACGGCGGAAGCGAUGUGAUAACCGGCAGCCUCAGUGUGCCAACUGCGCACGACUUAAUCUCACAUGCGAAUGGCAAGCACCACGCAGGAUCCUGGACGAGCCCGAGAGAGAGUCGACUUCGUCUAGCCCUGAGCUUCGAAUCGCCAUCCCAUCGCGGUUGGCACUCGACCCCUGGGAUGCAUUACCCUGCGAUGAGGUUUCUGAAAGAAAGCACCUGCUGCAAUACUAUGUCGAAGCUUUCGUACCUAGUGUCUCAGUUGCGACCACCCCCACAAGUUUCUACACUUCGCUGUACAUGCCGUGGGCUUUUCGCGUCGACGGAAUGCUAGACGCUAUUCUUGCCAUCUCUUCCGCACAGCUAGCGCGACGAGCCUCCGACAAGGACCGGGCACACCACCUUAGGGCUGUGUCACUUCGACACGAGAAGAAAUGUUAUGCUUUCAUUAAAGACCGAAUCUCCCCAUCUGUCGGACUGCCUCGAGACACGUACCAAGUCGCUGCGAUUAUCCUUAUUCUAGUUGGCCUGGAAGCGCUCAAUGGCGUCAAGACUACUAGGUGGAUCUCCCAGUUAAAAAGCGUACAGCGGAUUCUGAGCCAGCUCUCUCCAGAGCAAAGAAUCAUGGAUUGCAUAGAAGUGGACUCUCUGCACCGCCAUUUCACAUACCACUUUGCGUCGGCGUCUUUGAUGGCGAGAGUAUCAAACGCUUCAUCGCCAUCAUCCAUUGACCGAGACUUGUUACCCCUCAGCUCUACGCUCAUGCCAGUCACCAUAGAUCCUUUGAUGGGCAUCUCGUACCAGCUAUGUGACCUCAUCUCCCGGAUUCAGUACAUUACUUCCUCGAAUCCUGCGUUUCCCUACGUCACGGAAGCCUCGUUCAAUUCAAUUGAAAAUGGUAUUCAAUCAUGGACGUACGAUAACCCGUUUGCACUGGGCGUCGAUCUUCCAAUAGCGCUAGACUUGAUUGCGCUGGCAGAAUCUUAUCGCCUUGCUGCGCUCAUUCAGUUGUACCGCAGUUCACCGAUGCACACGUCGCUCAUUCCGGGUUGCGCCUCACGCGCCAUGGAGUUUGUUGCUCGAAUACCACCCGGAAGUCCUGCAGAGUCGAGCCUGCUUUACCCUAUUUUCCUUGCUGGAGCUGAGUUGGACGACGAGGUCGCCAUCGAAAGGUGUUUCAAGAGGUUAGAAGACAUACAGAAAAGAAAUCGAUACGAGAAUGUCAGCAGUGUGCAGAACGUGCUGAAAGAGGUAUGGCGGCCCAAGCUAGAGGGAGGCCAACGAAGGGAUUGGGAGGAUGUUCUAAGAGAGUGGCAGUGGUCCUUUACACUUGGCUGA